AUGUCCACACCAUCCACGGCGACCGCGACCCAUCCCUCUCAUCACCAGCACUACAGAUAUCCCCACCAUCCACCAUAUCAGCCUUCUACCUCCUAUCCAUCCCCAACCACGGCCGCUGGGACUCGUCUCGCGAACCCCUACCCUUACUCCGUCCCCUCCCCAACAACCACCACGCUUCCCUACACCCAAGCCUCGGGAGUUGCUCCGGCGCCCUCGACUCCAUCGGCGAUGCCCUCCAACCAAAACGGCUCGAGGGCGGUCUCCUCGCACGGGAGUCGGUCGAAAAGGCCCAACUGGGGCGAAUUUUACAAGAACGGCAUCCCCAAAGAGGUCAUCGUGAUCGAUGACAGCCCUGCCCCAGAGUCAGGAAAAGCCGCUCCGCCUCCUCCUGCUCACGGCGUCUCCACAGGAGUCCCUCCUCCCGUUCCCCAGCCCGCUGGCAAGAGGAGACGCACGGGAAUCGAGACAGCCUACGAUUUGGGGCACUACGACCGCCCAUCUUUCUCGAUCAACCCCCAGCAGUACGGGGAUAAUUCCUCGCACUCGCUGUCGACCGACCGAACCACCUCCUUGCACACCACCGCUCCAACUUCACUCGGGUCCCAGGGUAGCUCCGGCGCUAGUAAUGGCAUGUACUACGAAGAUACUACCAUCGGCCAAAAGCGAAAGCGGGUGAACACGCGAAAGUCGGCUCGCGACGAGCAAAAGAAACGGGAGCUCGAGAAGAUAGACGAUGCUUUUCUGAGCUACGUUCCACCGCCAAAACCGCCCGUCAAAGCCAAAGAUGUCCCAGUGCCAAUCAUUCGUGACUUCGGCGGUUCACGGAAUGAUAAAUUCGACGACGACGAUGGUCAUUACAUUGUCAACCCCGAUACACCGUUGACAGAUCGAUACUCGAUUAUCAAACUCCUGGGUCAAGGGACUUUUGGCAAGGUUGUGGAAGCAUAUGACAAGCAGCGCAAGGCUCGCUGUGCCAUCAAGAUCAUUCGCUCCAUCCAGAAAUACCGAGAUGCCUCGAGAAUCGAGCUGCGAGUGCUGUCGACCCUGGCCUCGAACGACAAAAGCAACCGCAACAAAUGCAUCCAUCUUCGAGAUUGCUUUGACUACCGAAAUCACAUUUGCAUAGUCACCGACUUAUUAGGGCAGAGCGUGUUUGAUUUCUUGAAGGGUAAUGGUUUUGUCCCGUUUCCAAGCAGUCAGAUUCAGCACUUUGCCCGCCAGCUGUUUACGAGUGUGGCCUUCCUUCACGACCUGAACCUCAUCCAUACCGACCUCAAGCCCGAAAACAUCCUCCUCGUCAGCAAUGCCUACCAAACCUUUACCUACAACCGCACCAUCCCAUCCUCUUCCCAUGCCACAUCCCGCAAUGCGCGCCAGCGCCGGGUACUGCUCGACAGCGAGAUCCGGCUCAUCGACUUCGGAUCUGCUACCUUCGAUGAUGAGUACCACUCGUCAGUCGUGUCCACGCGGCACUACCGGGCCCCCGAAAUCAUACUGAAUCUGGGCUGGAGCUUCCCAUGUGACAUCUGGAGCAUCGGGUGUAUUCUGGUAGAGUUUUUCACUGGAGAUGCACUCUUCCAGACGCACGACAACCUCGAGCACCUCGCGAUGAUGGAAGCAGUCAUUGGUCAUCGAAUCGACUCGCGGCUGAUCCGACAAGUCAUGCAAGGCGGGCGGGGUGGUAGCUCAAACUCGGCUUCCAAGUACUUCAAUCGAAGCAAGCUCGACUAUCCCAACACCGACACCACCCGGGCCUCGCGUAAAUACGUACGCGCCAUGAAAGCACUCACCGAAUUCAUCCCAACCAAUACUUGCUUUCACCGUCAGUUCCUGGAUCUGUUGCAACGGAUCUUCGUCUACGAUCCCAAGAGCCGCAUCACGGCCAAGCAAGCUUUGAAACAUCCGUGGUUCAAGGAGAAUUUCGUCGACGAUGGAACGGAAGCGUGUCGGAUCGGCUUGGGACUGCACCUCCAUGGACGCCCUUGA